GCGCAUCGACAAACUUCGUGUACUUCACAGACAUGGAGGAAAACAACUCAAAAUGUAGAAAAAAGAGAAAAUGCGUCACGAGAACGCCGGUUCGUCACUACCGCACAUGCGCAAUCGUCGGCAAUGGCGGGAUUCUUCUCAACAGCAGCUGUGGGAACGAGAUCGAUUGCCAUGAUUACGUCAUUAGAAUCAACAUGGCGCCCGUCAAGAACUAUGAGAAGGACGUUGGAAGGAAGACGAAUAUGACUUCCGUCAAUUGGACCCUCACCAAAAUACUCAUGAAGAAGCUGUCAGACAACGACACACGGGAAGGAGUUGUGGACAGUUUAUCGACUGUGAAUCAUGGAAUUAUCAGCUACGUUAAAGUAAUGCUAGACGAAGCCAAAGAGGCUCUUCGAGCUCUGGACAGCAGCCUGGCACGGAGCGGCAUGAACGUCACAGUUACAUACUCUUUACACACUGUGCAACCAAUACUCACACGUAUGUUACGUGCAAAGCUGGUACCAAAACUGCGCGUUCCGACUUCCGGGCUCAUCGCCUACAUCCUGGGAACGACGUUCUGUGACGUCAUCACCCUGUACGGCUUCUACCCGUUCGCCACGGACAUGCGCAACAGGACGCUGUUUUAUCAUUACUAUGAUCAUAUUCCCGUUAAUCACAGAAAUAGGCAUAACUUUAAUAUAGAAUAUGACUUUCUUAAAAAGCUUCACAACACCGGGGCUAUCAGGCUGGUUUCAGACAAGUGUAAAUGAAUUUAUAUCCUAAAAUUGGUACAAAUUAACAAGUGAAACCAUGUGUGCAUUAGUAAUGGUUCUU